GAUUGCAGAGAAAUAAGGGAAAAGUUUAGCAGCAGAGAGAGAAGUUUGCAGCAAUGUCCUCACUGAGCCCUCUGCCAAAUCCCUAUAGGAAGGAAAGAUAGGGGGGCAGGAAGAAGGGAAGGAGAGGAGGAAGAGGGUGAAGAAGGAGCAGGAGGUAGAAAAAGAGAAAAGACUGCUUGAGAGGAGGGGGCCGGGUUUCUUUCUUGUAACUGGGGGGCAAGAUGAGCCUGCUGUCAGCUAUAGAUACCACUGCUUCUGUAUACCAGCCUGCCCAGCUUCUCAAUUGGGUCUACCUAUCCCUGCAAGACACACACCAAGCAACUGCCUUUGAUGCCUUCAGACCAGAAUCCAGUACUGCCUCCCACCCCGACCUCAGCAACUACUCCAAGAGCCCCCCAGACCUGAACUCCUCCAUCCACUCCAGCUAUCUCAGCAGCUUCCUGCAGCUCCAAAGGACUGAGGCAUUAGGCAGCAGCCUUUAUAAAAAUGCAUCUCCUUAUGGAUCCUUGAACAACAUUGUGGACGGGCUGAGCUCUCUAACCGAACACUUCUCAGAAAUCUCCCUCUCCUCAGAGAACAGGAAACCCAGCAAGAGGCCCCCUCCUAACUACUUGUGCCACCUCUGCUUCAACAAAGGCCAUUACAUCAAGGACUGUCCACAGGUAAGAAACGCUCGUCCAAAGGGUGAAGGUCUAACCCCAUAUCAAGGAAAGAAACGGUGUUUUGGAGAAUAUAAGUGCCCCAAAUGCAAACGGAAAUGGAUGAGUGGGAACUCCUGGGCCAACAUGGGUCAAGAGUGUAUUAAGUGCCACAUUAAUGUCUACCCUCACAAACAGCGACCUUUAGAGAAACCUGAUGGCCUGGACGUGUCAGAUCAAAGCAAGGAGCACCCCCAGCACCUGUGUGAGAAGUGCAAGGUUCUUGGCUAUUACUGUCGUCGUGUCCAAUAAAGAGGACGGCUGAUCAGUGCACACGGGAGAGAGGAAGAAGAACAAAGACACAGUGACUUGCGUUGAAACUAAUAAUAUGCCUUAUAAUAUUAGAAUGUAACAUUCUUCCUGUGUAUGUGUAUAAAUUGUAUUUCUGAAGUAUUAGGGCUAUUUUUAAAAAAAACUGUUAACGCAGUUGCCAUCUGUCUCCAGAUUUUCUCCCACUUUGUUGGGUUUUUAAGACUGAGGAAAUAGAUAUUUAAACAAACUGUUAUUUAUCUUUUUCCACCGUAAUAUUAGGUUGCCUAGUUGGGAAAUACAUUUUCUAGAAUGGGUUCCUUUCCAGCUUUUUAGGCUAAACCAUGAUAUAAACAGCUUUGAAGCGACCAGUAUAAAUAUAUUGUGAUGUAACUGUAGCAUGUGUUAAACAUGCCAAAAAUAGUUGUGCCAGAUAUGUUAUCAGGCCUAUCAAAUAGUGAUACAUUGGGCGGUAUUCAAUUCUUUUCACCCCCUUCCACACCCGUUUUGUUUCUGCCCUCGGGGGCAUGCUAUCAUUUCAGCUCUCUACCCACGGGGUAGCGAGGCACCCUAACCCUUUACACAGCUAUACCUGAUUACUACUAUGGGCACAAUAUGCACAAUAACGGGGAUAAUUUUGGAAAGGAGAUUGGGCGUGAUAUAUCAUUUGAAUACCGCCCAUUGAGCCCAUUAUGUCCUCAUUACACAAAUAGCCAAUUUUAACACAUCUGCAGUACCCCUGUGGGAGCUAAGUAGUUAAUCUUUCAAACGCCUUUAUGUCUGGGACAUGUAAAACUGCUUUUUCAGUACAGAAAGCAGUGGCCUCCAUUUAGCUUUGAUCUUUGAUAGGCAUUUGAGGUUGCAGCAACCUAUGUAAUGAUGAAUAUUUUAUUUGUUUGAAACUGACCCCACAGAAAAAAAAUCUGGAUGCAGGUGGCAACAAUGAAGGAGUUUUCCCAGUUUUAAUAAAUUAAUUCCCUUGCCAAUAAUGGUUCUUCGGUGGGGGACACUUCCCACAGACCCCAGCCAAUGACGGUAUUUACUGGGAUUCUUGUACUUCUGCAGACCACCUAUGGCAUGGUUUGCAUUCAAUAGCAGCAGAGAGCCUAGAACAGAUCUAAUGGACUGCCUUCCUGCUAAAGGAGAACACCAGAGGUCCCGUCAAUGUGGUGGGGUCCUUCCCCCUAAGUACUAUUAUCGGUUUGGAAAAUUAAUUUAAUUAAAAAGGGGUUUUCCACAAAUUAUGAAGUUACCAAUAACAAAAAACCUAUUCCCACUGUAUGGGACAGUAAGGGACAUUUGUUUACAUGUAAUUUAGCAUUUUUGCUACUGGAAGAAUUCAAGGCUGUGUCCGCAGCAGCAAAAGGGGGGAUUACAAUUAAUGAAAUAAAACUGGCCUCAAAUAAGGUGGAGGAAAGCAAAAUCACAACAACUACUAUUAUUGUGUUGGAUAGAAGCAGUGUUACUUCUUGUGUUUUUAUCUUAUUCUUCUGUAGGCCAAAAGCACACAUAAAAUGAUAACUGUGAAUACGGGAGUGUCCAUGGAUGAAAAUUGUCCCUAAUCCUUGAGCUAGACAUUUACAAGAAGAACUAUUUAUAAUUGUUGUCUUUAAGCCACUUUAUAGAUUUCUUUUAUUCUGUUGAUGUGUUUUUUUGUGUGUAUAUAGUGGUGUACUGGAUUCCUCUUAUUCUAAGGGGCAUAUCCCAUUAGCCACGGGGUUUACUGCAUUGGGAAAGCUCCGGGUUUAAUGCCCGGAGCAUCAUUCUGGAUUUACCCCGUGGGUAAAUGCUGGAGUCUAUGGGUAUAUUUACUAAAGUGCGGGUUUACAGAAGUGGGGAUGCUGGCCAUAACAACCAAUCAGAUUCUGCUUCUCAUUUAUCUAGUACCUUCUAGAAGAUAAAAGCUAGAAUGGGAUUGGUUGCUUCAGUAAAUAUACCCGUUUCCCCACGCAUUAAACCCCAGAGGCUGCAUGUAAUGCAUUUUCCUCGCAGCACCUGAGGCGAUGAGGGGAUGCAGGGCCUAACUGAAUAGGUCUGGGCUGUCAGUUAGCCAAAGCUAACUGGAUAUGCCUCUAAGUUACCAAAUUUUGAGCACACAUUGGGAAUAGAUCAAAUCUUUUCCACUAAUAUGUUUUACUCCUUAUAAGGCAGUGUAUUGUCCUAUAUUGAGCUAUACCUUCCAUCUAUGUUCUCGCACAGUCGUCUCUGAUCCUUUGCAAGAAUGGAAGGAUUUUCUAAGCUGUGGAAAUUUGCCAAACAUAAAUAACACUGUAAGGGCAGCGCUGCAGAAACAUUUUCUAUGAGUGACUUCAUAUUGGAAACAUCAAGCAGCUUCACCUUAUGUAACGUGAUCGUAAAGUGGUGCUUUAGGAUUAUUGGCUGCCCAGAGAAGUACUCAGUGCUGCUUAACCUACUGCCAUUAUUUGUGAACUCCUUAGGCUCUAUUAGUCGUAUGGCAAAGAAUACAAUAUUUCCACCUUAACAGACAAGGCAAAGUGUACCAUUUAUUUUACACCCCGCAAAAAGUAAAUAGUAACCUAAAGCCACGGGUCAGAGCGUGCAGAACUGAGAAUAUUGGUGGUCAUUCCGAGCUGAUAGUAGCUGUGCCAAAUUUAGCACAGCUCCGAUCAGUCACACUGACAUGCGAGGGGACGCCCAGCACAGGGCUAUCCCGCCCCGCAUGUCAGUGCUGCCCCCCCCCCCCCUGCCCGCAGAAGUGCAAAGGCAUCGCACAGCGGCGAUGCCUUUGCAGUUCCUGAGUAGCUCCCGACCACUGCGGCGCCGGCGCAUGUGCAGUUCCGACCCGAUCGCUGCGAGAAACUGCAGCAAGCGAUCGGUCGGAAUGACCCCCAUUGUGUGUACAUCCAGUAUUGCAGAUUUACUGGAGGUCUCUAUUCAAGCUGAUAACAUACAGUAGUCCUGCACUAGAAUCAUGAAGACCUUUUUCAGAUGUCUGCAUAUGAGAGAUUUAUGUGAGAUUGAUGGACGGAAGAACAGUCUUUAUACAUUGCAUAUUUUAUUAUUAUUUCAGAAAUUUUGUGAAAACAGGCAAGGUAGGUGAAGGUGGAGAGAUAUACCUGUGAGGACCAGGUUACCAUGUUCUCAAUAUUACGGUACAUGGUAAAUAGUUUACUUACUGCAUUUUCAUUGCUCAUAUAUUAGGUUAAAUCCCACUGAGGCUGGCGUUAUACAAACUGGCUAACUUUUUAUAUUUACAGAAGGAGCUAUAGAUUUGCAAGUGCAGGCAUUGAGAAUGGACGGUGGUAAUGUGGUCACCACAGAUGCAGUUAUUCUGGUUUGGCAGAGGAAUGUUAUUGCAUCAGGGAAGAUCCGCUUUAGCUGUACUAGGAGACAGACAGUGGGUCUGGGAAGCCUUGACGUAUGUUUACAUAAUCAGCAGUAGAGGAGAAUACUGGUCCAGACUUAGAAACAGAACCAGUCUCUAGAGUUUACUGUAGGACAUAACUAAUAUAGUUAUUUUCUGUCUAAAUGACAGAUAUGUAAAAUAACAUAAAUUAUGUUUUUAUACAGUUCAGCAGAUCCCAAUGUCUUGUUACCCAAACGUUCUACCGUAGGCAUGAUUCUGGUCUAAUAAUUCCAUACCUACUGUACUACCAGAUCUUUAUUGGUCAAAAUGACAGCGGGUUUGCAUUCUUGCAGUUCUGAGCGGGAGGUCUCGGUUGUCUCCUUGUACCUUGAUAUUUAGGAGGACAUUUUUUUUAGUAGUACUCAUUCAAUUAUAUGCACUAUUACUUCUACCUAGCACUUUUCUUAUACUCUAGGACUUGUAAAUUGUACCUGCUACAGCUAGGAAUUACCUGUUAUAUCACUGCUGAAUCUAUAUCCCGUUUUGGUAGUAAAAAAAAUAAUAAUAAGUCAACAUUGUCUCUACUUAGGUUCUUAUCAGAGGGACAGAGAGGGGGAUGCAAGCAGCGGCGCAUCCUACCUUUUUCAGGCAGGGGUCUGCUGCUGGCCAUGCUGGAGAGGGAGAGGAGAGAACUGGCCCACGGACAGCAGAGUCCUGGCACCUGUGCAAUGGAUCUGGCAGGUUCCAAGUCCUGUACAUGCACCAAGCGGCUGUGGUCCUAAUUCUUACAUUGCAUAUGUAACCACUGUCAGGUCAUAGUACCUUUAUGGGGAGAUGUAUCAAACCUUCUAAACUGGAGAAGUUGCCCAUAGAACUUAGAUUCUACAUUUUAUAGAAUGUAAAAUAUAAAUGAUAUCUAGAAGCCAAAAGAUUGCUAUAGGCAACUUCUUCUUUUGUUCUCUUUAGAAGGUUUGAUAAAUCUCCCUCCAGAUCUUCAUAUUGUAUAUGGGACUCCUGACCGCACAUCUCUUGACCCUCAUAUGUUAUUUUGUUUAUCUGAAAUAGUAAAAAUUUUGACUUAAAAGAAGGCAAGAGGUGAACGUGAUGGGCUGAGCAAGGGCCAAUUUACAUAUUUGUCCUGAUGGAAUACAUAUAUUUUGGCCCUAACUGGGGGAAUUCAAUUGUCUAAAGUGAUCGGAGAUUGCAGGGUUGUUGUUUUUUUAUCGUGCUAAACCCGCCUAAAGUGCUGGUUGCGAUGCAAAAUGUGCUGCUUGGGCACCCAAGAGGGUUACUUUUCGCACGAGCUGAAAUGUGUCUCCCCGUGGCUUAUCGUGCCUAAAUGGAGCAACAAUUGAAUUGCUACAUUGGUCUCCAUCUAGAGGUGGCCACGGGGAAAAACAACUGAAUUCCCCCGUUAUGUCAACAGUAAAUAGCAUUAUAACUUUAAACACAAUCUUAAAGCAUUAUGUUUAAAGUUAUAAUGCUGACAUGGCAUUCUCCCAUCAGCAUAUUCAGUGCCGAUGUACUAAUUGUUGACAAAAUAACAGCAUACUGUCCUGAUUCGUAUUUCACCCAUCCUUUGUUGCGUAGAUCACUGAGGCAGUUUUCACCAGUCUAAGGGCGGGAUGUAAUGUAAUGAGUUCAGCGGCCGUGCGGGAUGCCAGCUGAAUGCGGACGUUUUUUUAAAGGGACAAUCAUUUACAAGGCUAAACCAUGCCUUGUAAAUUAAACAAAAACAUCCCACCCUAAGUAUUCUUCAGGAAUUGAUGCCAGAUAAAUAAAAUCAGAAUUUAUAUCAUAAGAGUAAUGGUGCAUCUAUAUACAGUAUAUAAUUAUUAUACAGAAAGUCUGUCCUUUAUUUUGUUUAAUACUGCAAGAAUGUUCCUAAAUAACAGCGCUGUCCUUUUGACAAAAUGUAGUUAAUAUCUCAAUUCUACUGUUUUGUUUUGGGUUUUUUUAAAUGGGGUGGGGUUAUUCUGUGACCAUAAAGGUUCUGUUCUAGUUCAGGAAAACCUAACAAUGUCAUCUCAUCUUCUCUCUCAUCUCUCUUAUUAAGAAACCACAUGUGACCAAUAGGUUCAAGAUGUACAGUAUAGUAAUUAUAAUAUUCUGCUGCUGUUUCUCCUCUAUUAUCUGUGUUAUAGUAAUUAGGGCUGCAAUGGUUAAUGGAUGUGAAAAUAAUACCCAGAACACUAAUUAUUUCAGCCUAGUUUGUUGCAAUUUGAAAAUAUAAGAAGAGGGGCUUAACAUUCUUAACAUUAUAACACUAUAGAAAUGUUAACAGCUCUAGUGAUACUACAUUGGAGGAGUGAUAGGCUGCAAGACUGUUUUAUAUAUAUAUAUAUAUAUAUAUAUAUAAUAUUGUGUAAAUGGUUAGUAAAUACCUUGCAGCUGAUUGGUUGAAAAGUUUGUCAAGGAACUUGAGGGGCGGAGCAUGUUAUAUAAGGACAGUGUUAACAGGUCAGUUUGGACAUUUCACAGGCGUAUGCCUGCGCAGUAAGAACUACUGUAUAAACAUGAAGCAUACAUGUGUACAGAUCAUACUUCUCAAAAUUGACAUGACUGAUCUGGUAUCUAUAAAAGGGAGAAUUUAGUAAGUACAUGUGGGGAGGGGUGCAAUGAAGCCGUUUGUCACACAAUAGUCAUGGAUUGGCCAGUUUAAUGUUAACAAGUGCUGCACAACUUAAUAAUUAUAUCCUACAGCGAUCUGUGUUUUGAACUCUGUGGGACUAGCUGUAAACUAGUUUUGGUGAUCUCGCCACAGUGCCGGUUCUGUGAUAUGAUUGACAUCACAGGACAUGUCAGAUGGAAAAACAAAUAGAGACUUGUUCAUUUUAAAACUUUCGGAAAUGGGAACAACUAUAUCUUUAGCUUUACUCCGAAUACAGAUACUGUGAAUAACAAAGGCACUAGGUUUCUUGUCGGCCAUUGAUCUACAACCGGGAUAUCACUAGGCCUGAUGGAGAAACCAUGUCUGACCUAACUUUGUUAAUACAAGGCGAUAGCUUCGGCUUACAGUAAGGCUAGUAGCCAGCUUUACAAUUUUCAGAGUUGACGUACCUCAGUGCCAUAUAUUAUUAUUUAGGUGUAUUUUACAAGUGGCAUGGUCUUUUAUGAGGUUUGUAAUAGAUGGAUGGGUUAAUGGACAUAUGAAGGCAGUACACAGAUAUGAGGAUUACCUCAUUUCAUAAUUUUGUUUUUAUUUCCCAUUGUGAAUGUGUGCAAUUUUGUGUGUUUCCAUGUAUUUUGACAUGGCAUAAGUUAGCUGCUGGAGAGCAGAUCUCUAGCGAAUGCCUUUCCCCACUUUCUCAGUUUCUUUUUAACCUUGUAGUGUUUUAAAGGACAUUUCCCAUUUUGCAAAUUUAUUUUUGUUCUUUGUGUCUUGUAUGAUAUUAUAAAAAGGGACAAUCGUAUUGUUUCUGUUGUUUACCCGUAUUUUUCGACAACUUUGCUUGCAGAUACCUAUUUAUACCCAGUAUUACUUGACAUAGCUAUUCUUUCUUUUUUAUUUUUAAUACUAUAUGUGUAUUUUGGGACAAAAAAACAACAACAACUUUGUAGAUGUUAAAAUUUUAUUUGGAACUAGCUUCAAUUCUCUGAUAAUGGAACAGUUUUCAACAAUGGUUUAAUCUGUAUAUAUUUUGGGGCCUAUCAAGUUUACCAGAACAUUUUCAUUUUCAAGUUUUUUUUUCUCCUUAAAAGUGUUUUAAAGUUUUAAAUGUGUUAAAGGGCCUAUUGUUUCUUUAUUUGAACACUAAUGAAAAUGAAGGGUUUUUUUUCUUACAUAUAUGUUACAAGUCAAGGAUGUAUCCUAUAGGAAAUAUUUAUGAAAGAUUUUGUUUUGUUAUGUUUUGUUUAUUAUACUUGUGUCUGUAUAAAGUAUGUUACCAAAUGUCAUCAAGAUGAACAUAAUAUCUGCAGAAAAGUAUUAUAUUAAAGUUGGUACAUAAUUUCUAAAGAAAGACCUUUACAUUUAUGUAAGCAAUUUGUUAUUGUUGUUGUUUUAAUGAAUAUUACAUUUAAUUCUAAUGGAUGAACAUAUUAUAAUCACAGCAGGUAAACUAUUUGCUGCCAUAGAUGCCUCUGUGCAUUUAUUGUAUUACGUUACAGGCACCUACAGCAUCAAAGCAGUUACAUAUAAUAUACAAAUACUGCUUUUGAAGUUUUAGGUGUUUAUUAUUGAAAAGGUAUUAGCUCUUAAAAAGGGAAACGUCGCCUUGCUUUGGUUGCAGCAAACGCUAACUCCCUGAUUAUGCUUGAUUAUUAAAAUAUAGGUUGUUUUAAAAUCAAAAGGUUUGUCUUCAUUUUAUGUCAAUCUGUUUUAAUCAUAUUUAACUAUUAGUCUAUUAAGGCCCUUUUUUUACACUAAUUCUGUCUGACAUUGCAUCAUCUGUCCGAUUGGACAAGUUAUGGAUUCAGAAGGUUUCAUCUAGCAAUUAGCAGAUUUACAUAGGAAGGAAUAUGUAAUCUUAUAUAAACUAUUUACUAAGCUUUAAAACUAUAUAACAUGGAGUUUGAAAGUAUAUCUUACCACUGUAAUAUUUCCUAAUAAACAGGUACGCACGUGGAUCAUUACAGAGCCAGGUUUUGUGGGUUUUUUUUUUUUUUUGGGGGGGGGGGAUAAAAAAGAACUGAAGUAUUGUGGAAGCUAGUGUACACAGGCUGUUUUACUCCAUCCGUGCUUAGUUCUUCCUCCUAGAGAUGGUGUUGGGAUGCAUUAGGGAUCAUUAAUCCCUAAGAGAUACAGGCCCUCAUUCCGAGUCGUUCGCUCGGUAAUUUUCUUCGCAUCGCAGCGUUUUUCUGCUUAGUACGCAUGCGCAAUGUUCGCACUGCGACUGCGCCAAGUAAUUUUGCUAUGAAGAUAGUUUUUUUACUCACGGCUUUUUCUUCGCUCCGGCGAUCGUAGUGUGAUUGACAGGAAAUGGGUGUUACUGGGCGGAAACACGGCGUUUUAUGGGCGUGUGGAUAAAAACGCUACCGUUUCCGGAAAAAACGCGGGAGUGGCUGGAGAAACGGAGGAGUGUCUGGGCGAACGCUGGGUGUGUUUGUGACGUCAAACCAGGAACGACAAGCAGUGAACUGAUCGCAGAUGCCGAGUAAGUCUGAAGCUACUCUGAAACUGCUAAGUAGUUUGUAAUCGCAAUAUUGCGAAUACAUCGUUUGCAAUUUUAAGAAGCUAAGAUUCACUCCCAGUAGGCGGAGGCUUAGCGUGUGUAACUCUGCUAAAAUCGCCUUGCGAGCGAACAACUCGGAAUGAGGGCCACAAUUUGCAAACUCAGGCUUCUUCACAUAAUGUUGGAUGGAUUUAUGCUAAUCCCCAAUAAUUUAUAUAUAUAUAUAUAUAUAUAUAUAUAUAUAUAUAUACACACACACACACACACACACACACACACACACACAUACAUAGUAUAUUUCUCUCUCAUAUAUAUAUAUAUAUAUAUAUAUAUAUAUAGAUAGAGAGAGAGAGAGAAAGAGAAAGAGAGAGAGUCCAUCAAAAGUUUCCAAAGGUUCUCAUGGUGGAAAGACCAGCGCAACCAGUGAUAGAUUCAUGAAAGAUUUAUCUUCAAUUAGCAUAACAACACCAUCUCAUGAAGCAGUAAUAAAGGUAUACUUAGAAUAUGAUGACAGGCAUAAGCAGCUUGGGGCAUGGCAGCCCCCACCCUAUACAUACAUACAUACAUACAUACAUACAUACAUAUAUACAUAGUAUAUUUCUCUCAUAUAUAUAUAUAUAUAUAUAUAUUUAUAUAUACACACAUACACAUAUACACACGCGCGCGCGCGCACACACACUGUAGCAUAUAUAUAUAUAUAUAUAUAUAUAUAUAUAUAUAUAUAAAAAAUUAUUGGGGAUUAGCAUAAAUCCAUCCUACAUUAUGUAAAGAAGCCUGAGUUUACAAGAGAGAGAGAGAGAGAGAGAGUGAAUGUUUUAAAGAAAAGUAACAAUCACAAGGUGCCUUAUAUAGACUAGCACAAAUAUACAAAGAGUUUGUAGUAGAUCCAUUUGGAUUCGGAUUUACAGAGUUCUUAAUGCCAAAUUUGCACAAGUUUAGAUUUAUCCGGAUUUUUCUUAUUGGCUAAUCAAGACAUGUGACAGCCAGAUAGCCAAUUAGAUGCAGUUUUGAGAUCUGAGUAUAUCUGGGUAUAUCUGAGUAAAUACAAACCCGCACAUCUCUACUAUUAACUAUUUUCCUGUGUAGAUCAUCAUAAAAUUCACACCAUGGCACACACUUUAAAUCUCCAUGUUAAAUAGUCUUAAAUUCAAGUUAGAUAACUUCAUCUUGUUCAUACAGUGUGCAGAUUUAAUUGUAAGCACUGUCAUGAAAAUAGACUAUUUAGCCACGGUUUACAGAAGACACUUAAUAAAAUUACUACUUUCCGUUAUAUGCAGCAAUAAUGCAAGCACUAACUGAGCUCUAUAUAUAUAUAUAUUAGUAUGUAUUUUUGAGGUUGUAGACAGAAUUUCUCAUUAUGUUUUUUUUUCUUGACGUUGAGAUCACACUGUUUUUUUAAAAUGUGUAGAUUGAAUAAACUGUUACCAUAUGUAGCGCUAAAAGGAUGGGCGGAACUCACAAUCUGGUGGCCACAAAGUGGAACUAUCUGGAUUGAGCUCCGUUUCCAUAUUGGCAUUCCGACUUGUGCCUUAAAUGCUUUGCCUUCUUUGUAGUGCUCUAGUAUUUUAACAAAUAAUUAAAAUUUUCAAAAUA